CAGUGUCAACAUUACAGAGAUGAACAACAAGCAGCGGCGGUUAGCUGCUAAACAACUUAAUAACAGACGUGUGUUUUUCUCUCCUGUCCGACCGAGCACAUAAAGGAGAGCUGUGUGAAGGCAGCUGCACCAGCGUCAAAGAUGGAGACAUAAACCCCCUGAUGGAGAGGAAGAGCUCCGAGGAUGACGGUGGUGGAGAGCGAGGCCUGCUCCAUACCUGGAAGGGCUACUCCUGCAGUGUCACCCCAGAAAGGCUGCUCCUCCCUGGGCCGGUCCUUCAGGUCGCCCUGGGAACACGGCAUGGCGUUCUGCUGGUUGAAGGAGGGCAGGUGUACAGUUUUGGGGAGUUACCAUGGAAGCAGAGUCAGGUGUCGGAGCCGUCGAAGCCCACCCUGGAGGGGGCGCUCAGCGGGCAGCGGGUGGUCAGCGUCGCAGCCGGAAGCUUCCACAGCGGGGCGGUGACGGAGGACGGGGGGGUCCACAUGUGGGGGGACAACAGCUCGGGACAGUGCGGGCUCUCGGGCCUCAACAGCGUCCCCAACCCCACUCCGGUCGCUCUGCUGGACUCCGACAACGCCCCCCCGCAAACGGUCCCGGUGCUGGAGCUGGCCUGCGGCGGGGGGCACACCCUGGCUCUGUCGGCGCAGCGGGAGGUGUGGGCCUGGGGCAGCGGCUCUCAGCUGGGCCUCAACGUCUCCGUCUUCCCCGUCUGGAAACCCCAGAAGGUGGAGCACUUUGCGGGGAGGUGUGUGUUACAGGUGGCCUGCGGGGCCUCGCACAGCCUGGCUCUGGUGCGCUGCCUGGGCCCCCAGGACCUCCACCGGCCCCCUGUGGACAAAUGCAGACAGUGUCACCAGCUGCUGUACACCAUGACGGACAAGGAGGACCACGUCAUCAUCUCUGACGGGCACUACUGCCCCCUCAGGGUGGAGCUGACGGAGGACGAGGCCCCUGCUCUUACACAAGGGCUCAAAACAGAGCCCCCCCUCCCCUCACACACCUCCACCCCUGACCCCUUCUCUGACCCCGCUCAGGACUCGGAGAAAGGACAGGAGUCAGCGCUCGCAAAUGGAGGACCCCCAGCCUCAGGCUCUGACCCCUCGGCUGAAUCUAAAGAAGGAGGUGUUUCGGGGGUCAAGAGUUCACCGUAUCCAGAUGAGCAGGCCGUCAAAGAAUACCUGAAGAAGCUGACGGAGGCCGAGCAGGUCACCAAGCCCUCAGCAGGGGCUCUGACCCCCUCAAGCUCCACCCUCAACAGCCUGGUGGCCUCCUGCGCCUCCGCAGUGGGGGAGCGGGUCGCCUCCACCUACGAGGCCCUGUCGCUGAAGAAGAUGAUGACCUACCUCCCCUCAGGAGUGGCGAGGUCCGGCGUCCCCGCAGGGAUAACGGGGGUCUUGGUGGGCGACACCACCGCGGAGCGCGUCCGCCUCGAAGACUCCACCCAGGCCAAGAAGAGCUCCAGCACCGGGGACAUCCGCGAGGAGGAGGCGGAGGGUCUGCGGCGCCGCCUCUCUCUGCCGGGACUCCUCUCUCAGGGUAGAUACGCUGUUCACGUCUUAUCCAACUCCUAUACCCUGCUGCUGUCCCCGCGGCUGCUGAGGAGAGCCGGACGCCCCAGGAUGCGUGCAGUGGACCUCACCCCUCUGGGGGGGGCGUUCCCUGAGGCCCAGGAGGUGUUCCCCACCCUGCAGACGGAGGUGUGGAGCUGGGGCCAGGGCGAGGACGGACAGCUGGGGCAUGGAGACAAUCUGGCCAGGUUACAGCCUCUGUGCAUCAAGAGUCUGAACAGUAAGGAGGUGGUGCGGGUGGAGGCCGGCGCUCACCAUUCCCUCGCUCUCACUGCUCAGUCUCAGGUGUUUUCCUGGGGAAGUAACACUUGUGGUCAGCUGGGACACACGGAGUCACCCAGCACCGUCCCCCGACUCGCAAAGCUAUCAGAGGGGAUCCGGGUCUGGGACGUGAGCGCCGGAGAGAAACACACCCUGCUGCUCGCAGACGGAGACUGCUACCGGCCAAUCAUCUACUACAGUGGGCAGCAGGUGACGGAGGGGGUGGAGGAGAGCCACGCCAAGGAGCAGGGUCAACAGGAGGAGGAGGGGGGGGAGGAGGAGCAGAGGGCGGGGGGCUACACCCGGCAGCCUGUACUGCUCCCUUUCUGCAUUGACCUCGGCUAUGUGAGCAACGUGUUUGCCGGCGGCCAGCGCUGCGUGGUGCUGCUGGACAGGAACGUGAUGGGCUUCAUCGCCAGCCUCCACGAGCUCGCCGCCGCCGAGAGGAAGUUCUACUGCAAGCUGAGCAACAUCAAGACGCAGAUAAUACGCCCCCUGCUGGAGCUAGAGUCCCUGAGCUCGGCCCUGGGUCCGGUGGUCCUCGGGCUGCUGCAGACGGUGGCGGGUAGGUUCAGUCUCCUGUGUCACCUGACCGGACAGCACGCCGCCAGCCUCACUGGGAACCUGCGGCGUGUCCGUGACGUCAAGAGCCUCCUCGUCCUCGAACACGCCGACAUCUUCCUCGACUCUUACAGCGAGUACUGCAGCGCUGUGGGCAACUUGCAAGUGAUGGGGGGUUUCCAGACCCUGACCAAACCCUCAAUAGACUUCUUUGGGAAGAGUCCCGAGCUGCUGAAGAAGCUGUCUGAAUGCAGCGAGGAGACCCCCACCGUGGCCGACCUGCUGGGGGCGCUCUUCUACCUCCCAACUCGCCACAUGCACGAGUACGGCCGCCUGCUGCUCAAACUGGCAACCUGCUUUGAAGUGAGCUCCGAUGACUACCAGAGGCUGCAGGACAGCUGCUCCAAAUUUGAAGCCUUAGCUCUUAAACUGAAGAGGAAGAGGAAGGACGCCGAAUACACCUUCCACUUCUGGAAGAGCUUCCCCGGCAAAAUGACGGACUCUCUGAGGAAGCCUUAUCGCCGGCUCAUCUGCGAGAGCAGCAACAAAGCGCUGACGCUGCAGAACGCCGGCAGGUUCUCCGUCAACUGGUUCAUCGUCUUCAAUGACGCUCUGGUCCACGCGCAGGGCGUGUCACCUUGUAAAAAUCUCUUCUCCACCCAUCAUGUCUUCCCCUUGGCCACACUUUGGGUGGAGCCCAUCCCAGAGGAGAACAGCGGCCUGUAUGGGUUAAAGUUGAUCACACCAGAGGAGACGUUUGCCCUGCUCGCGUCCUCUCCCACGGAGAAGGCCAAGUGGCUCCGCUCCAUCAACCAGGCGGUGGAGCAGGCGCUGGGCGGGGCGGGGCAGGACACCGCCUCCAUCGGCUCCGGGUCCAGUCAGAAGACGGAGCCCCCCGUCUCCAGGACCGCCUCCUACACCUUCUAUAAGGAGGGGCGGCUGAAAGAGGCCAAGUAUGAAGGGCACUGGCUCUCAGGGAAGCCCAACGGCAGUGGCGUGUUAAAAUGGCCUGAUGGGAGAAUUUACACAGGGACGUUUAAGAACGGACUGGAAGAUGGCUUUGGUGAAUUUGUGGCUACCAACAAGACGCUCAACAAGAACGAUCAAUACCAAGGUCACUGGAAAGACGGCAAGAUGCACGGCCUCGGGACGUACAGCUAUGCCAGCGGCGAGGUCUACGACGGCUGCUUCCAGGACAGCAUGCGACACGGACACGGCAUGCUGCGCAGCGGGAAGCUCAACACCUCCUCCCCCAGCGUCUUCAUCGGGCAGUGGCUGCAGGACAAGAAGACCGGAUACGGAGUCUUUGAUGAUAUCACAAAAGGAGAGAAGUACAUGGGCAUGUGGCAGGAUCACCAGCGGCAGGGCAACGGGGUCGUGGUCACUCAGUUUGGACUUUAUUACGAAGGAGCUUUCAAAGAAAAUAAGAUGAUGGGCACCGGAAUCCUGCUGUCCGAGGACGACACCACAUACGAGGGGGAAUUCUCUGAUGACUGGACCCUCAACGGAAAGGGUGUGCUCACCAUGCCAAACGCUGAUUACCUGGAGGGCUCCUUUAACGGGGAAUGGGGCUCUGGCCUCAAAGUGACGGGCUCCUACUUCAAACCGCACCUGUUCGACACGGACAAGGACAAGACCCGCGACGUGAAGCUGGGGCGUCUGUGUGUGUGCGCGGAGGACAAGUGGCAGGCGGUGUUCGAGGAGUGCUGGAGUGAGCUGGGCUGUGAGACCCCAGGCCAAGGAGAGAACUGGAGGGCCUGGGAGAACAUCGCCAUGGCCCUCACAACCAGCCGGAGACUCAUCCAGGACAGUCCGGAAGCGUUGUCUCGAAGUCACAGCAGGACCCUGGAGAGUCUGGAGGUGAUCCCGCAGCACGAAGGACCAAUCACCAUGGAGAGAUAUCACAUCAUCCGACUCUACCUCAUCAAGGCGUGUGACACCCCCCUCCACUCGCUGGGCCGGCUGCUGGAGACCCUGGUGGCGGUGUACAGGAUGACCUACGUGGGCGUGGGAGCCAAUCGUCGGCUGCUGCCUCAGGCGGUCAACGAGAUCAAGUCAUACCUCAACCGCAUCUUCCUCAUCGUCAGGUUUUUAUUCCCAGACCUGCCAGAAGAGGGCGGUCUAAUUCCAGAGCCGACCACCAACCUCCAGGACAAGAGGGAGCCGGGCUCCAGCGAUGCCCAUCUAGAGUCACCUAAACCUGGCCGUGUGGUGAGCAGCUCGGCUCUACUGCUCCCCGUCCUGCUUCCUCGCCUCUACCCCCCCCUCUUCACCCUCUACGCUCUGGACAAGGAGAAAGAGGACGACGUGUACUGGGAGUGUGUGCUCCGCCUCAACAAGCAGCCCGACCUCGCCCUGCUCGCCUUCCUCGGGGUCCAGCAGAAGUUCUGGCCGGUUUCCAUUCCCACAUCCAUGUCUGAACUGGCAGAGAAGCAGCAGGUCCUGUCCAGCACUAAGGACGCCUGCUUCGCCUCGGCAGUGGAAACACUACAACAGAUCAGCACAACCUUCACCCCGUCAGACAAGCUGCAGGUGAUCCAGCUCACCUUCGAGGAGAUCACUCAGGCCGUGCAGUCGCUGCUGAAGCAGGACUUCCUGUGGUCCAUGGACGACCUUUUCCCCGUCUUCCUCUACGUGGUGCUGCGUGCCAGAAUCCGAAAUUUGGGGUCAGAGGUCAGCCUGAUUGAAGACCUGAUGGACCCCUGCGUGCAGCACGGAGAGCACGGUAUCAUGUUUACCACACUCAAGGCGUGUUACUACCAGAUCCAGCAUGAGAAGAUCACCUAAGAAAUGAUUGGGCGUAAACUUCCUGCUGUCCCGACCCACAAUCUCGGCCAACCAGAGGGCCAGGAUCAGCCAGGCUUCAGGAUGACGGACCGGAGCACCAACCAAUGGGAAGCGAAGGAUCAUAUGAACAGGUUGCCCACAGCUCCAUCUGCUGCUGUCAUGGAGACGGGCACACAAACACACACAGUCUCCUUUUUUUUUUUAUUAUUUACCCUUCUUCUCCUCUGAUGGAUCAUGGAAAUGUGAAUAUUGUCUGUGUUGAGCCACUACAUGCCGUCCAGUUUAAACCGGUCCGACUGACUUCCUGUGGGAAAUCCUGAGGAAGGGUACGUUAGUUACCUGGGAGGAAAUUCAAGCUCGAACGAUUUUUCUUUUCAGUGCCAAUGGACCAAGUUGGCUCUUGAGUUUCUCUGCACACUGUGAGAUAUGGCACCUAUUUUUCUUCUGUGAAAUACGUACAUUUUUCAGCAUGAAACAAACACUUUAUGGCACAGAAAACGUUCCUUUUUAACCUCCAGUGUUUCAGCCAGUUACUAUCUGAAUAAAUACCUUGAAAGCACGACACUUUAAGGAACUGACACACUUUUUACGAAGUGUCCGGGACAUCGAUAUGUUUACAGCUAGCUCAAUUUCCUCCACUAACACAAAAGAAACUUCACCAACUGACGUACAUGUGAUUCAUGCUUUAUCUCAAGUGUUUUCAAACCGUUUUACAAGAGAAUAGACCCCAAGGAUAACUUGAUGGUUUAACAAAUGCUUUACAAGUAUCUCUGAGGUUUAUCUGUUUGAUACUGUAUCAUCAACAUAAACUGGCUUGGCUAUUAUUCUAAAAUGACAUCUCCUGUUACACCAAGUGGCAGCAGAAUAGCGUUAAACACAGUUAGUGGCUGUAUUAGCCGACUUUAAGUCCCUUUUUUUGGUAGCCAACCAGCGACUCCGAUUUCCCAAACAUUUAUCGCCACAAACACUGACAGUUUCUACGAGAUAAAUCACAACCAGGACUUGUUGAAGAUAUGGCACAUGUGAUUCUUAAAGCAACAUGCAUAUGUUUCUCAGUUUUAACAAGUAAGUGUUCCUUUCAUAUGAAGCAAAAAUCAUCCUUUUCUGAAGCCAAAUAAUCCUUUUUAAAGCAGAAAGCUGGAAACAGGGUUGCCAUAAUUAACAUAAAUGAAUGCUAACAUGUUUUAUGCACUCAAUGCCUGUAAUGUUGUUGAAUUAGUAAACUGCAGGUCGCUUCACAUCCCCUUUAUUCCCACUAAAAUCCAAGAGAAAAAUAUAUUUUGGGAGACACUCAUCGCCCUAAAAUGAAUCAGAAGAGUGUGUAUUAACUGUUUGUGACGGUAACAGUGUUCAUUACAGGCAGGGAGAACAAUUGGCACAUCAAUCAGGAAACUACAGCUCUAACUGUCAGACAAUGUCGCUUAUUUGUGAUAUGCGUCACACAUGUGAGUUUAUGAAAGGGCUUAAGAGGGGAUUCAGAGGGAUCCCAGCCAUCAUUUUUAAUAUCAUGGCUUUUGUUUUCUCACAUGGUUUAACAAUUGCAAAGCCCGCGGAUCAGAAGCCUCGUUUUGAAGGGAUACAUUUAGGUGAAGCUGCUCUUUUCCCCGCAGGAUUAUUAAUAUCUACGGAAAGCGGGCGAAAAAAUGAUUUGAAUUGAAAGCUGCAUGUCCUUAACUAAAAACGUUCAUCUUUGGCUGUUAAACUGAUAGAAUGUUGAAGACAGAGCUUCGAACUGUUAGGAUAUUAUUAAGACUCUUCCAUGGUUUGAGCUCUUUUUCUGCUGAGACCGUUUGUGCCUGACGAUCUUCUUCAAGGAUUUAAUUCCCAAAAUGCAACACUUUCCCUUUCCAAAAAUGCCUCCAUUGUGAAAUGAUUCUGUCACCCAGAGACAUCUUUAUUUAACUGAGAGACAACACUUCCUGUUCAGUUCAGUGUUAAUGUGUGACUUUUUUAAAUGUCGAAGGAUAAAGUUGUAUUUUCAAUUGACGUAAAAACUGACUUUCAACCAAACUACUCAUACAAAACUGCACGUUUAUGGAAAACGGUUAACUGACUCAAAUACAUGAAGUGUUAUUUUAAAUCCGCUCUGAAUGGUUAUCGAUAUAAACUGAAGGUUAUUGUUCAUAAGCUCAUGUUGGGUUCAUGUCCUCGACACAUGUUUACUUUUCAAAAUGCCGCGCACAGGUCUAAUGUUCCUUCAUUCUGUGUUCAAAUGACUGUUCUCUCACUUUGGUGUUUACUAGUUGACAUUUUGUGUUUGAGCUGGCUGACUCCCACUUUGUUUGUCUUUUACAAUGUAUUGUACCUGUAAAUACUUACAGAGGGCAAUAAACUAUUCGAUGGAUGUUGCUACCUAA